AUGGCUAACAUCGCCGCAAACUCACAGUCCUCCGAACGGGCACCCCUCAUUCCCGGCCCCCGCCACGAUGACGAUACUGCCGACACCUCCACGUCGUCGGCGCCCUCGCGCCUGCGCGAAACCGUCCUCUUCGUCUGGGCCCUCCUUGCCACCGCCGCUGUCAUAGUCCUCGCCGUCUGGACCCAGCACCGCAGUCAAACGCGCUUCGAACCCCCCUCUGACGCGAAGCGCAACCUGAUCUUCAUGGUCUCGGACGGCAUGGGGCCUGCCUCGCUCUCCCUCACCCGCAGUUUCCGCCAGCACAUCGAGGGUCUACCCGAGGGCGACGUCCUCACUCUCGACCGCCAUUUCUGGGGCUCCAGCCGUACGCGUUCGUCCAACUCACUUGUCACUGAUAGCGCCGCCGGGGCCACGGCAUUCUCCUGCGGCAAGAAGAGCUACAACGGCGCCAUCUCCGUCCUUCCCGACUAUGAGCCGUGCGGCACUGUCCUUGAAGCCGCCAAGCGCGCCGGCUACAUGACGGGCCUAGUCGUCACGACCGACAUCACCGACGCGACCCCCGCCUGCUUCGCAAGCCACGUCCUCACCCGCGCCAUGGGCGACGACAUCGCCCUGCAGGAGGUCGGCGACGGCCCGCUUGGCAGGGUUGUGGAUAUCAUGCUCGGCGGCGGCCGAUGCCACUUCCUUCCCAAUGGAACCGAGGGAAGCUGCAGACUCGACGACACCGACGUAAUCGCCAGGGCGCAGGAUAAGUUCGGCUGGAACUAUGCCGGCGACCGUAAGGCCUUCGACGCCCUCGAGGGCGGCAACAAGGUCAGCUUCCCGACAUUGGGCCUCUUUGCCUCUGGUGAUAUUCCCUUCGAAAUCGACCGCCGCAACAUGAGCGACGUCUACCCCAGCCUGAGCGAGAUGGCCGCCACUGCGCUGCGUGCACUCGAGAAGGCAACCGAGAACAGCGACAAAGGUUUCUUCCUGAUGAUCGAGGCUAGCAGGAUUGACCAUGCCGGCCACAUUAACGACCCCGCCGCCCAGGUCCGCGAGGUCCUCGAGUACGACAAGGCCUUCAAGCAUGUUUCGGACUUUGUCAAGCACAGCAAGACCGAGUCGCUCUUGGUGGCCACCAGCGACCACGAGACUGGUGGCCUCGCGACUGCUCUGCAGGAGCCCGGCCACCUGCCCGUUUACAACUGGUACCCCAAGGCGCUCGCAAAGGCCACCGCCUCCGCCGAGCUGCUGUCCAAGAAGUUCAUCCAGCACGUCGCCAGCAGCAAGUCGAAGAACAAGGAUGAGCUCAAGACCUGGGUCAACGAGAAGCUCGUCAUUCCCGGCCUGGGCAUUGACAAUGCCCACCCGGCGGAGCUCCAGGCCCUCGUCGACCGCCCCGAUGUCUCGGUUCAGACGUUUGCCGCCAUGAUCAGCCUCCGCGCGCACAUCGGCUGGAGCACCCACGGCCAUACGGCGCUCGACGUCAACGUCUACAGCACCGGCGGCGAGGAGGCUCACAAGAUCCGCGGCAACGUUGAGAAUACCGACAUCGGCAAGUUUCUGCGCGGCUACCUCAACGUCGACGUUGACGCCAUCACGGCGGAGCUGAAGGAGAAGAUGAACAAGCAGCAGCUGGGCGUCAUGAAUGUGGACAUGCAGCAGCAGUUGCCGGGCCUGACCGAGGACCCCGAUGCAUGGAGCCAGAGCCAGGAGUACGCCCAUCUCUCCUCGGAGGCUGGGGCGGCCUGA